GCGUGCGGGCUAAAAUUAUCCGCUUCUGGGGCUCAGGUCUGCGGGGGAAAGACACGCUGCUCCUGCUCUUUUUCCAGAGGCGUGAGUUUAUCACCUGGAUCUGUAUGCGCUCGAUCUUCCGCAGCCUGUCAUCGCAGCCUGUCCCAGUACAGGGCCAGCGCUCUGUGUGUCCGGGUGGGGACAUGGCCGAGCCCCCAGGGAAGAAGCUGAAGAGCAGCCUGCCACAGUGCAGAGCGCACCCGAGCAGAUUUGCAUACACUUCUUUAUUCAAAUCUACAAGGCCUCAAACGUUCCGUUGUGUGUCACUCUGUGUGAGGCCUUUGUUUUGUCUCCUUCAGGCCAGUGCGUUUGAGAGGGAUGACGUUGCCCUGCCUCGCGUAUCUGCUUUCUUCCACCAGGAGGCGCUGAAGCAGCAAACUGAGGCCGAGGCUAUGCUGGGCUACCUGGCUGAGAGGGGGGGCAAAUACUGCGGCAAAGAUAUCCAGAAACCGGGCUAUGAGGCGGUCUGUGCCGUGUUACCAGCUUUGGAGCUGCUGCUGCUCCAGCUCAGAGAGGAGGCCGGCGCGCUGGUGGAGCUGAGCCAGCUGGCCCGCGAGCACGGGGACCCGCACACUGCCAGCGUUGUGAAGAGCCACUUCUUGGCGCCGCGGGUUGACCGUCUCAAACUAUUAGGCGACCUGCUCACCAGUGCCCGUCGGAUCGGCUGCACCAGUGACCAAACGAGAGGGUUUGGGGAGUAUAUCCUGAAUGAGCUUCAGGAAGAACUCACCAGAUGAUCAAUCUGCUUCACCUUAAAGGAGGACAUGGCUGGUAUACUGAAUGAUACUCGUCGCCUCUGAAUAGAAAUCUGACAUUUUGUGUGAUAUUUCAGGAGCUGCAUUUUUGCUCAGUGCAGAAAUAAGUCCAGAAGGUGUUUAGCCUAGCUUAAAGCAAAGACUGAAAGCAGGGGGGAUUGUUAGCCUAUCUCCAUAAAAGUUGAAAAAUGUAUAUCCAUGCCAAAUUUAUUUUAAUUACAUUGCUUAUAUAUAUAUAUAUAUUUUUGGCUCUCUUUUGUGGUAGCUAAGUGAAUAUAAUGUAAAUUUUUCCAAAUUUUUUGUAGUAACACUAUAUAUUUUUAACUCUAUCCUUUGAGGAAUUUUUAAUUGAAAACCUUUUGACCGACAAACAUGGAAACAGCACCUAACUUCAACGGCAGCUUUAGCAAUAAUUUUUUAAUCUCAGAUUUGUAGUUGCAUAUUGGAUGAUGAUAACCAGGCCCUGUACACAAGGUUUAGUUUAACUUAAUAAUUCAGAGUUCUAUGAAUGUUUCCCAAAUGUACUUAUAGCCAGUUGCGAAGGGUCAAUACAGGGUUUUGAAACACGUAAACUGCCACUCACAUCUUUGAAUGUGUGUAUUCCAACAGAUAAUUUACUUUUUUUUAAUUAUUUGCCCCAAGUGUAUUUACUUUUGAAUCUUAAACUUUUGUUUCUUGACUUUUGAUUAUUUCGACAGAGCUUCAGAAGUCCGGAUGUAUUGAAAAAGUUUGUAAACUACCGCUGACUUGAUUCUCAAUAGGUUCAGACUUGUUGUGCAAUUUAUAAUAAAGUGGAAGUGGAAGAAA